GGUCUGAGGUGGUUGGCUUUGAUGGGAAAAGUUGUCUAAUUUACACAUUUAAUCAAAAACUCAUGAAUGAACUGAAAGACAUGAUUUCUCUGAAGUUUAAGACAAUGCAAAGUGAUGGAAUUCUCCUCCACAGAGAAGGACAAAAUGGAGACCACAUCACCCUGGAGUUAACUAAAGGGAAGCUGUCCCUGCUCAUUAAUUUAGGUGAUACUAAAACUCAUCCUUCUAAUGCCCAAAUUAAUAUUACACUGGGCAGCCUUUUGGAUGAUCAGCACUGGCAUUCUGUUCUCAUUGAGCACUUUAACAAUCAAGUAAACUUUACAGUGGAUAAACACACUCAUCAUUUUCAUGCAAAAGGAGAAUUCAGUUAUUUGGACCUUGAUUAUGAGCUCAGCUUUGGAGGGAUCCCAGUGCCUGGAAAAACAGGGACAUUAUCACGCAGGAACUUUCAUGGGUGUUUUGAAAAUAUUUAUUAUAAUGGAGUGAACAUUAUUGACCUGGCCAGGAGGCAUAAAUCUCAGAUCUACUUUGUGGGUAACAUAUCCUUCUCAUGUUUAGAGCCACAGGUGGUUCCUGUUACAUUUCUGAGCUCCAGUAGUUACCUGGCACUGCCAGGCCCAUCAGGGCAAGAUGAAGUAUUCGUCAGUUUCCAGUUUCGCACUUGGAACAAGGAGGGACUUCUAUUAUACAGUAAACUACACCGGUCUUCAGGUGGUUUCCUCUUAUAUCUGAGUGAUGGGAAAGUUAAAAUCAAUCUUCAUAAACCAGGAAAAGUACUGAGUGACAUCACUGCAGGUGCUGGGUUAAAUAAUGGCCAGUGGCAUUCUGUAUCUGUCUCUGUCAAAAGGAAUCGUAUCAGUGUAGUAGUGGACAAUGAAGUGACCUCGUCUGCUCAUGCCUCUAUACCUCUGCAGAUUUAUUCAGGAGAUGUUUUCUACUUUGGAGGCUGCCCUAGCAGUGGAAACAUUUCUGAAUGUAAUACCUCAUUUGGUGGUUUUCAAGGAUGCAUGCGACUAAUUUCCAUUGGCAAUAAAGCAGUGGAUAUGAUCUCAGUUCAGCAAAAUGGUUUUGGCAAUUUCAGUGAUCUUCAGAUAGAUUUAUGUGGCAUUAGAGACAGGUGUUUGCCUAAUUACUGUGAACAUGGUGGUGUGUGCUCACAGUCCUGGAACAGCUUCUACUGCAACUGUGCCAAUACUGGUUACAAGGGUGCUACUUGCCACUAUCCCAUCUAUGAGCAAUCAUGUGAAGCCUAUAAGCACAGAGGGAACACUUCAGGCUUUUACAAUAUUGAUUCAGAUGGAAGUGGCCCUUUGGGACCGUUUCUCGUAUACUGUAAUAUGACAGAUGCAACAUGGACAGUUAUACAGCAUAACAGAACCAACUUAACCAGAGUCAAAAGUGCUAAUCGUGAAAACCCACACACUGUGUUUUUCAAGUACUCUGCCAGCUUAGACCAGCUUCAGGCUACAAUUAACCAUGCAGAGCACUGUGAACAGGAGCUUGCUUACCACUGCAAAAAGUCGAGGCUUUUAGAUAAGCCAGGUGGGGUGCCACUGAGCUGGUGGAUUGGAAGAACCAAUGAAACUCAUACUUACUGGGGAGGUUCCUUGCCUGCUGUACAAAAAUGUGCUUGUGGAUUAGAGGGAAGGUGCAUCGAUUCCCAGCAUUACUGCAACUGUGACGCGGACAGGGAUGAAUGGACUAAUGAUACUGGCUUCCUCUCCUACAAGGAGCAUCUACCAGUAACAGAAAUCGUGAUCACAGAUACUCACAGACCAAAUUCUGAAGCAGCUUACCAACUGGGGCCUUUGCUUUGCCGUGGGGACAGAACAUUUUGGAAUUCAGCUUCCUUCAACACAGAGACGUCCUAUCUGCAUUUCCCCACCUUCCAUGGAGAGCUCAGUGCAGAUGUCUCAUUUUUCUUUAAAACUACUGCUUCCUCAGGAGUUUUUUUAGAGAACCUGGGAAUUCAAGACUUCAUAAGGAUAGAGUUAUCCUCUCCAUCUGAAGUGAUUUUUUCAUUUGACGUUGGAAAUGGACCUAAUGAAGUUAUAGUGCAAUCACUCACUUCCUUAAAUGACAAUCAGUGGCAUUAUGUGAAGGCUGAACGAAAUGUCAAAGAGGCAUCCUUGCAAAUAGAUCGACUUCCUCAAAGAUCUCACAGUGCUCCACCUGAUGGGCAUAUUCGCUUGCAGCUCAACAGCCAGCUUUUUGUAG